AUGAAUACUAACAAUAAAAUAAUAAAAGAUAUUGGCAAUUUAACAACAACAUCAUCGAAUAGUUGGCAUACUGUUUCAACACCUUCAACCAAUGAUGAUCAAUUAAGAAAAAUAUUAUCUUAUGCAAUACCAAUAUCAUGUUUUACUAUAUUUUUUAUUAUUGGUGUUUUUAUUGCUAUUCGUCAACGUCAACGUAUUCUAGAUAAAUGGAGUUCAUUAAAACGAAUGAGAAAUACAAAUCCAAAAUUUCUUCAAAAUACUGGUUUACGACGUGAUUCUGAAUUUGAUUCAUAUAAUCAUGAUCAUGUAAAAUCAACAGUAAUAAAUCAAGAAAAUCUACUUCAUAAACAACGACAAUAUCAUUUAGCAACAAUUGCAUAA